AUGGCGUCAGUCGAGCACAGAGAAGAGGAUGGAGAGAGUGAGGAGGAGGUGUAUGAGGUGGUGGACCUCACAGAAUACGCUCGCAGACAUCAGUGGUGGAGCAGAGUGUUCGGCAGCAGCUCAGGUCCCAUUGCAGAGAAGCAUUCUGUCGCUACACAGUUGGUGAUGGGUGGAGUCACAGGAUGGUGUGCAGGUUACUUGUUCCAGAGAGUGGGGAAGAUCGCUGCGACAGCUGUGGGCGGAGGAUUCCUCCUGUUACAAAUCGCCAACCACACCGGCUACGUUCAGAUCGACUGGAAAAAGGUGGAGAAGGACGUGAACAAAGCCAAGAAGCAUCUGAAGAAACGGGCCGACAAGGCAGCUCCGGAGAUCAGCACGUUCAUAGAGGAGGUAAAGGCGACUGACUUUAUCAAGAGAAACAUCGUCUUGUCCAGUGGAUUCGUCGGUGGAUUUUUCUUGGGGAUCGCGUCUUAA